AUGGUAGCUUUCUGGUCGAAAGGAGUUCCACUCGCCGUGCUAGGUGCACUAGUCGCAUCUCCAUUCGUGCAUGGUCACCAGAAGAGAGAUUCGAACUUUGACGUGUUGGACUAUGUUGAUCCGUUUAUCGGCACGUCAAAUGGCGGCCAUUCCUUCGCCGGAGCGACUCUGCCCUUUGGCAUGGCCAAAGCAGUAGCAGACACGCAAGGCGAGAAUCAAGCUGGAUUCGCAUACGACACCCAGGUCGUGACCGGCUUUAGUCAUAUGCACGACAGCGGAACUGGUGGAUCACCAUCCUUGGGCAAUUUCCCCCUCUUUGCUCAUGCGAGCUGUCCGGGGGAUGACCUCAAUCAAUGCAAGUGGCAGCAGCCUGAUCGGGCGGUUGCGUGGGUGCCAAACUCCCCAAAGGCUCGCCCGGGGUAUUUUAGCAUCGCCUUGGAGAAUGGCGUGAAUGCCGAGAUGACGGCGACGAACCGGUCGGCUCUGUAUCGGUUCAAAUUCAGCGGCGCCGCCGGACCACUCAGCCCGGUGAUUCUAGUCGAUUUGAUAGAUCUGCCCCUGUCCCGCACGAACGGCACCGCCUCGGUGGACCCAUCGACAGGGCGAUUGACCGGUAACGGCACUUUCAAUCCAAGCUUUGGGAUAGGCAGCUAUGAUCUUCAUUUCUGCGCUGAUUUCAAAGGCGCCGAACUCCGUGACACGGGCGUGUGGAUGAAGACCCGGGCGGGUACAAACCAAACGACAGUCUCGGUGACUCCUGAUGGGACCAACACCGCGUCGACACUUUCUGCAGGGACUUUCGUCCGAUUCCAUGCUCCGGUGGACAAUACACUUCUGGCCAGGGUUGGAGUGAGCUUCAUCAGCGUCGAACAAGCAUGUUCCAACGCGGAGAGAGAGCAGCCCGACUUUGACUUUGACGGCACGGUAUCUGCGGCCGAGAAAGCAUGGAGAGAGAAGCUGGAUGUGAUUGAGGUUGACGCAGAAGGUGUCUCUGCUGAUCUGCAGACCGUGUUCUGGAGCGGAGUGUACCGUACCAUGAUGAGUCCCCAGGAUUACACGGGAGAGAACCCGCUGUGGCAGAGUGAGGAACCGUACUAUGACAGCUACUAUUGCAUCUGGGACUCAUAUCGCGGGGUGCAUCAGUUGCUCACACUGCUAGACCCUCUGUCGCAGUCGCGGAUGAUCCGAAGUCUGGUAGACAUUUACCGCCAUGAGGGAUAUCUCCCUGACUGCCGCAUGUCGCUGUGCAAGGGGUUCACCCAGGGAGGGUCCAACGCCGACGUGCUCAUCGCCGACGCAUACCUGAAGAAUGUCAGCGAUGUGGACUGGGCUACCGCUUAUGAAGCCGUGGUCAAGGACGCGGAAGUUGAGCCAUCCAACUGGAAUGUGGAAGGCCGAGGAGGCCUCCAUAGCUGGAAGACUCUCGGGUAUAUCCCGACCGAUGACUAUGAUCCGUAUGGGAUUGGCACGCACACGCGCAGUAUCUCGCGGACGGUUGAGUACGCGUAUAACGACUUUUGCAUUGCGGAGCUAGCCAAGCAGCUGGGCCACGACGCCGACUAUGAAAAGUACAUUCAACGCUCGUCGAAUUGGCAGAACAUGUACAAGGCGGAUCAGAGGUCGUACAUCAAUGGGGUGGACACAGGCUUCAGCGGUUUCCUGCAGCCGCGCUACCUGAACGGAACAUGGGGAUUCCAGGAUCCGAUCUUUUGCAGUCCGUUGUACAACUUUACCUCGUGCUACCUCAAUCCGGCAGGACACGAGACCUACGAGGGGAGCUGCUGGCUCUACACAUUCUAUGUGCCGCAAGAUAUGGCCGCUCUCAUCACCCGUCUCGGCGGUCCGGAGACAUUUACAUCACGGCUAUCCUAUCUGCACGACUCUGGCAUUCUCUACGUGGGAGACGAACAAGCUUUCCUGCCUGUUUUCCAAUUCCACUACUCCGGCCGGCCAGCGCUCUCCGCCUCGCGAGCACACUUCUACAUCCCGUCGCAGUUCAACGCAACCAUCCCAGGCAUCCCGGGGAAUGACGACGGCGGCGCCAUGGGCGCAUUCGCCGUGCUGAGCAUGAUGGGCCUCUUCCCGGUCCACGGACAGGACGUCUACCUGAUCACCCCGCCAUUCUUCAAGGAGGUCAGCAUCCGCAACCGCGUGACGGGAAAGGUGGCAACCGUGCGAAACACCAAUUUCGACCCCAGCUACAAGGCGAUAUACAUCCAGAGUGCGAAACGCGACGGGAAACCAUGGACGAAGAACUGGAUCUCGCAUGAUUUUUUUAUGGAAGGGGGCGUUCUGGAACUUGAGCUGGGGGCGGUUGAGAGUGCAUGGGGCACGCGGGUGGAGGAUUUACCUCCUAGUAUGAGCGGCUACGGGGUGUAG